AUGGCCAAGCCACGAGCACCUCCUGGACAUCCAACCAGCGCUUCUUUUCGAGGGGACCAAUUGCAGAUUCCACUUGCUCUGGAAGAUGACAGGGAUGCCUUUGAGCUACGUCACAUUCAGACUGAAGACGAUCAAGGACUGGAACACCCUUUGUUGCCCUCCUUGGUUGGUAGACAUUUGCAAGCUACCCGUCGCAGCGUGUCCCCUCACACGAGUGUAAAACAGCCUGAUCAUGGUUCAACGGGAACUUGGCAUAAGAUCCGUUGUGUUUGGAUGCAUCACGUCAGUUUGAAAGUCCCCCAAAAUAGCAAACGCGAUCAUUUUGCAUUGGAAAGAACAUUCCUCGCCUACAUCCGCACUUCGCUUGCCAUUGCAAUGCAAGGGGCUCUGAUUGCACAGCUCUUCCGCAUUCCGCAAUCACCGUCUUCCCGAGAAUAUAUGCGGUUCUACGAGCUCGGUAUUCCUCUCUCAGUCACCUGCAAUUGUGUGGCCACUAUGGUGGCCUUGGUUGGCGCCUAUCGUUUCUGGGACCAGCAGACUGCAAUUUUGCGAGGCAAAGUGCACUGCCGCGGUUGGGAGCUGAAUUGUGUCGGAUUACUUCUGUUUGCGGUAGCUAUGGAUUCACAAGGAAUGAAUACAACAAACGCCUUUCUAACAAGAACUUUUAAGAUCAUCUUUGUGACCCUCAUUAUUUCAAUUGCGAUGAUACUCUGA